AUGGCCGACGGCGGCGGCAGUUCGCCCGUGGCGACCUGUCCGCGGGACUCCCCGGGCGCCGCGCCGCGGGUCGCGCACUUGGUCGGGCCGGGCGGCGGCGGCAGUGGCAGCGGCGAGACCCCGCGGACGGCGGCGCUGGCGCUGCGCUUCGACAAGCCCAUCAAGCAGGCCUUCUACAACACCGGGGCCGUGCUGUUCGUGUGCCUGUGCUGCGGCGCCGCAGUGCUCGUCUACUUCAUCCUGGAGGCCUUCCUGCGGCCGCUGCUCUGGGCCGUGCUGUGCGGCACCUUCCUGCACCCCUUCAAGAGCUCGCUGACGCGCGUGGGCCGCCACUGGCUGCAGCGCCUGCACCGCGCGCACACGCCCAUCGUGCUGGCCGCGCUGCUGCUGCCGCUCUGCUUCGCCGACUACGGCGUCGAGGCCCUGGGCGAGCAGGCGCUGCGCCGCCGCCGCCUGCUGCUGCUGCUCGGCGCCGGAGGCCCGCUCCUCUACGGCCUCUACAGCCUCGGCAGCUACCUGGGCGUGCAGGUGCUGCUGGCGCACGCCGGCGUGCUGAUUUGCCGCGGGCUGGACUACUUCAGCAGUCUGUGGAUCUGGACGUUGGUAGUUGGCUAUGUGUUGACUGUUUCGUUCAAGUGGAAUGCAAGCACUGAGCGCUACUUGAGAGCAGUUUCAAUUCCUGUCUGGAUUAUAUUGCUUUUUCAUUUAGCAUCUCUGGCUGGCUCAUGGAGAAUUCCAGUAUUCCUGGUAAUUGUUUUCCUGAUGUCUGUGGGCACCUUCUAUGAAAAACAGAAUGGAAAAGAGUCUUCUGGGGCAGAGUUACCAGGGCAAGUUAUCUCCAUGGCUGCUUCUACUCUGGCAACCUUGGCUAUCUCUAUCACAGGGUAUGAAUCGAGCACUGAAGACCAGCCCUCAACUCAGCCUGCAGAAUCUGUGGACAAAGGGGAACCCCCUCCCCCAUCAUCCUCAUCUUCUUCACCUUCCUCCCCUUCGCCCACGCUGGGCAGGCAAAGGCCUGAAAUCGGAACGUUCCUCAGGAAGAAGAAAACCAGCGACAUCUACUUUGUGGCUCUUGUCUGGGCCAUCAUUGCAGUUCAGCUCUGGUUGAACCUGUGGAUUGUGCAGCUGCUGCCUGUGCCAAUUGCAGUCUGGAUACUCAAAAAGCUCGUUAUUCACUUUGGAGUUGUGGACUUCCUGGAGAAACGCUGCCUCGUGUGGUGGCAGGUCAUAGAGCACUUCCUGAAGGAGAGGCAGGAAGCUCUCGCACCCUGGCCGAUUGUCGGGCUUGGAAAGUUCUUGUUGAAGGUUGAUAGCAAGAUGAUCAUCUGGUUGGAGAAGAUGUUAGACAAAAUAAUUAGCAUUUUCAUCAUAUUUUUGUUAGUGAUAGGAACCCUGCUUUUAGCCCUACUCCUGACUGCAAAGGUACAUCAAGAGAGUGUGCACAUGAUAGAAGUCACAAGCAGUUUGAUUAAUGAAACUCUAGCAAAUCACCCUGAGUGGGCAAAUUCCUUAGAUCAGAGGUCCUCAAAUAUUGGUGUGCACCAGAAUCCCCUUCAGGGCUUGUCACGGUACAGAUUGCUGGGCUCUGGCCCCAGUUUCUUUUUCAGUCGGUCUGGGUUUGGGCCGGGUUUCUCAGCAGUGCUGAUGCUGCAGGUCCAUGGACCACAGUUUGACAACCACCACUGUCUGUCCCAGAUGCUGACCAUCAGUCCCAGAACCACUUCCUCAGAUGCUGUGGGAAUAAGUUGGCUUCCUGAGGCUCAGGUAGUCCAAAGAGCCCUCAAUUCUGCGGCUAACAAUGUGUAUCAGUAUGGACGAGAAUGGAUAACCCACAAGCUUCAUAAAAUUCUUGGAGAUAAGGUGAACAAUACCGCUGUGAUUGAAAAACAGGUAUUAGAACUUUGGGACAGACUGUAUCAUUCUUGGUUUGUAAAGAAUGUAACACAUUCUGGACGGCACAAAGGACACAAGAUGCAUAUAAGUCGUCAGAAUAGCUGGCUGGGAGACAUUCUGGACUGGCAAGAUAUCGCUUCAUUUAUCCACGAGAACAUUGAAACAUUUCUUUCUAUCUUAGAGUCUCUGUGGAUUGUCAUGAGCCGGAACGUGAGCCUGCUCUUCACCACUGUCACCACGCUCCUGACCAUCCUCUUCUACAGCGGGACGGCCCUUCUCAACUUCGUGCUCUCUCUGAUAAUUUUCCUGACCACACUAUUUUAUCUGUUAAGUUCCAGCGAUGAGUACUACAAGCCAGUGAAGUGGGUGAUAAGCCUGACACCACUGUCUCAGCCAGGUCCUUCUUCUAAUAUUAUUGGCCAGUCUGUGGAAGAAGCUAUCAGAGGGGUGUUUGAUGCUUCCCUCAAAAUGGCUGGCUUCUAUGGAUUGUACACCUGGCUGACUCACACUAUAUUUGGCAUCAAUAUUGUCUUCAUACCAUCAGCUUUAGCAGCAAUCCUUGGAGCCGUGCCAUUUCUGGGAACAUACUGGGCAGCAGUACCUGCAGUUCUAGACCUGUGGCUUACACAAGGCUUAGGAUGCAAAGCCGUUCUGCUGCUGGUUUUUCAUCUCUUGCCAACAUACUUUGUAGAUACUGCCAUCUAUUCUGAUAUAUCAGGAGGUGGCCAUCCUUACUUGACAGGCUUGGCAGUGGCCGGUGGAGCAUACUACCUGGGCCUGGAAGGAGCAAUCAUUGGGCCCAUACUUCUCUGCAUACUUGUGGUCGCUUCCAACAUCUAUAGUGCCAUGCUAGUGAGUCCCACGAAUUCAGGGCCCAUGACAAACCAGACCCCAUGGCCUGCUCAGACUCAGCGGACUUUCCGUGACAUUUCUGAAGAUCUGAAAUCUUCAGUAGACUGACAUGGCUUCCACUUCAGUGAUUUCUCUAGGAAGUUCAGCCUCGACCGUGAGUCCAGCCCAGCGGUGGCCCCUGUCCUGUCAGCUGUGCCGAGCACGCGGAGCCGGGGAAAGCGGCAGGAGUCUCCUGGCUUCGGCACAGAAUGCGGGGACAAGAGCGAACUUGCUGCGGGCUGCUUGCAUUGUAAAGCACAGCUUUAGAGCUCUGAAAUGUGAUUUGCUCACCUGUUGCUAAGAUGGCUUGAAAAGUUUCAGUUUAUACACUGGUACCAUGGCUCGAAAUGUACCCCCUUUGCUUAUCUAUAUUAUUAUAAUAUGUAUUUAUAAAGUUAUUUUUCAGAGUCCUAAUCUACCUACUAUUUAAAGUGAAUACAAUGUAAUUUUUCUCCUGUUUUAUGAAAACUGUUCAUAAACUUUUCUAUGACAGUCACUAUUCAAUGAAAAGGGCUUUCACUUUUGAGUACCUAGUUGCCCGAGCAGGAAAAAGGAGUCUUCUUACCCUUCCCCCACACCAUAUGGUCCUCUCUAAGAAAACCAGUCUUUCUUGUACAGGUGGGUGGGAUGGCUCAUAUCAGUUAGUUUUGUAUUGCAACCAUAGGAGAAGCAGACAGACUGAAGACCUUACUCCCCUUUCUUAUUCCUCAAUCCCUAGUUACACUGUUGCCAAAUUUCUACAAACUUGGUAGAGGACCACAUUGAAGUGAAACACAUGUAAGCUGCUAUUAAUGGUAACAGUAUGAUAGAAUUCAUGUUGCAAUUGUUUUUCUUUCCAAAUGUUUUAAGUGAAAAACCUUAGGUGCAGCAGUACUCUGAUUUGUUAAAUGUAUCCCAGUUUCACCAUUCGGAAUUCUGCCACUUAGUUACCUAUAGACCAGAAUUUUAUAUUUAUGUAAUAUUUUUCUGUCACCUAGCACAGUGCCUUGCAUAAGACUCUAGGUAAAUGCUUAUUGAAUUAAAUUGUGACUUUUAAAAUUUAUCAGCUAUCACAAUAACCAACAUAGUGCUUAACAUUUUACAAAGUCUCUGCGUCUAAUUAUUUCACAGUGACUUCACAUAACCAUUCAUAUAGCUUUAUGUUGUUUUACAACAGUUUCACACAAAUGGGGAAGCUAAGGUUCAGAAAAGUGACUAACAUUCAUCAAGUUCAGUCAAAUCUGACUCCGUAAGCCUGCAAAUGCUGCUAUACUGGAGUGUUUCUUCUGUUGUCUUACAGUGAGAUAGUAGGUGUCCUUGGACUUGUCCUACAGUUAAUGAGGCCUGGAACUAGAAUCCAGCUCUUAACUUUGUACCCUUUCCACUGUAUAAAACAAUGUCAGGCUUUCUCUCUGUCCCCAGGGGAAUACUGAGGAGAAAGAUUUCUUAAGUGUCAGCGAUCACCUUUUUGGAAAACACUUAAAAGUAGACAUCACUUUCUCUAAAACACUUUCUCACUAAGAGGCAUAGUUGGUGAUAAUUAAAUGUAUUCUGAUAUUAGGAAAAACUCCCAUUGGAAGAGAGGCUGCCAUGAGGUCUUUGUUACACAGUAGACUAAGUCCAGAUCUCUUAUUUUUACCAUGAAUCCUUCAACAAUUAUAAUUUGAUGGAACACCAACUGUUACAUUAGGCCACUAAGUAACUUACUGUUUUCUUUGUUAGUUGUUUAAUCAUUUAUUCAGUAAAACAUUUGCUGCGAGUUUGCCAAUCUCUAGGUUCCAUGCCAGGCGCUGUACAGGGUGCUGUAGGGGAUAACUCAUAAGAAGGCCUUCUCUCACAUUAAAUCUUAGCCCGAGCAUAUGUAUUACUAAAAUAAAAAAUUUAACAUUAAAGGGGUUAAAAAAGAAACCAGGUUUGUUUUUGUUAAUAGUAUAUUGAUAAGUUUAUAGCUGUAAUUAGCACAUAUUCACAAGAGGUAAAUAUUAUACACGAUGAGUUAGGGUGCAUAUACAGAUUAUGUUCUUUCAAAGUGCUUUUAGCUGUACAAACUGAUACUGCAAAAAACUAAACUUGAGCUAAUGUGUGGCUGUAGCUGGUCAUAAUUAUUCAUAUGAAUACCCGGUUCUUGGAGGGGGGAACUCUGAGCUCUAAGACAGUAGGUUAGAGCUGCCAAAAUGAGCAGUGAUGUUAUACCACCCUGGAGUAUCAGGAACACAGGUGCCCCACAGUGCUACACAGGCCUGAUGAGGAAACUUGAGGUGCCUCAGCACUCCAGCAACUGCGUAAGGACUGUGAAGGCGGACCCUCUAGGGGAGGGCCUCCCGGAACCCUCGGAAACAGAAACACGCCCCUAAGAUAUAGUGAGGCUUUGCAGAAUUUUCACAGGGCAAAGAGGUCAAGUGGUAUGAAAAGGUCGGAGUCUCAAGCUCAAGUCUCAGAGAUGACCAACCCUCAGAUUUUCAGUUAGGAUUUGACCUAGAAAUAGGGAGACAAUGCAUUGAUGAAGUAGAAGUAGCUUCAGUAAAAACUGAGUAUAGAAAUCCUAUCACAAUAUCUCACAUUUUACAGCUUUAUUCAAGAUUCGUUUUAAGUUUACACUCACUGUUGAGCUGUAAGCUGAGUGGAGGAGAUAAACGUGCUCUCUUUCUCAGAGAGAACAGCCGUGAUAAUCAACAUAAACUCCAGAUCAUGUAAACCUUGCUCCAGUUCCAAAAUUCUUGUCACACUCUCUGUUCCUGGAAGUGAUCUCUGUCAGACUGCCUUAGAUACCAGUCUUAUUUAUUUUUACAUUUGCAAGGAAUCCUAACAUCCUCUUCCAUUAGCAGUGGUUAGCUGGCAGAGUGUUCCCUUGACCUCUGAGACUGGUGUAGACCGACUGGGGACAGUACAGUAGGAGGAUACCAGAGAACUGUUAUGGAGAUGCUGUAUUUAAACAAAGUCAGCUCUUUGUUCCAGUUAAAAAAUGCUGCACAAGGGCUUGCAAAUAAGUUCCCUCGCUAACCUUGGUCUUAACAUGAACCCAUCCUGGCCCUUUAGGACUUCCUAGUACCGCUAGUUCUAACUUUCGUUGUAGUGAGUGCUUCAGAAUAUGUCACUGCUGGGCAAGAAAUAACUCAGAAAUUCAGGUCAUAAGGGUUAGAUUAGAGCAAAGUAAUUUCAGGUGAGCUACCCAGAGCUUUCAACCUCAGGUUUAUAGGAAAAACCCCUUCAGAACUUCCCAUGCUCUGGUCCUGGCCCAUGGCAUCCUCUAAGGGUCUUCCAAGACAGUACACAUUUCACAGUGGAAAUAGCCUCUGACGGCAAACUUCCAAAUGCUGGUUCCAGCUAAGAACAAGGACUUUUGUUUUUAUUAACUUGUUUCCUUUACUUAUUUUUUCCAUCAAAAUGUAUUCAUUUUAUUAACUUACCAAGGACCUGCAAAAAAUGUGCAUACUACCUGAAACCACUGAGCAGUUCUUUUUGAUAGACUUGAUUUACAGUUCUCUUAUUUUUAAACCGUCUCCUAGUGUCAUAGACAUUCUGUGCUAGAUAAAACCUUAUAUAUUACGUGGUUCUGUCCUUUUAUAGAGAAGGAAACAAAUCCGUAGGUCUAAGUGGCUUUUCUAAUAGAGCCAGUUAGUGACGAUUUCAGAGUAGGGUGCAGUUCUUCUCAGUCCGCUGUUCUGCUUCUCUGCCCUUUUCCUCAGAGCUGAAUACCUUUUGGAAAAAUGUGUUUCUUACAGCAGUAGUUAAAGGGAUGUUAUUAGAUGGUAUAAGAGGAUAAAGUAUAUAUGGGGGUUAGAUGGUAUAAGAGGAUAAAGUAUAGAUAGGGGGAGGGGACUCCAGGGUCAGUUAAAAUUGAGAAAUGCUGGGUUGGUUUUCUUUCUGUACGACUUCUAAGAGUUUUUAAUGUGCUAUUAAAUAGUGUGAAUUUAUAAUAGGGGACAAAGACUGUGUAUACUUAGACUUAUUUGACCUUCAACUGCACCCCCAACCUCCUUUUCUCAGAGCAUCUCAAAGUACUACUAGUCCUUUGGAUAACACGGCUCUGCAGUACGUUUACAACUCUUGUAGAAGACAUCCUUCAUGGAAAUUCUGAAAGGUAAUCUGUUACCAUGGUACCCUGUAAUUGUAAGGAAUCUCAAAGUUUACAGAUAUACUAGAAAGAAAACAUAUCUGCCCUUCAGAGCUAUAUGUAAAGUAUAGUCUUUCCACCUAUGGUGUGUAAAAUCAGUAUUUGUGUUUAGAUUUGAAAGUUUUUCAAGGAUCACUUAAUGUGUAAAUAUAAUGGGAUAUAUUGACAUUUUAAUAAUGCUUUUGUAUAGCACUUUAUAGUUUUCAGAUUGCUCUCAUAACAACCCUGUGAGAUAGGCAGGUGUUAAGAAUUACCAGAUGAGGCACUGGAGGCUCAGAAAGGUUUUGGUGAUUCCCCCCUCUCCGUAAGUUUAUACCACAAAAUAAUGAAACCAGAAUUCAGUUUCAGAAUUUCUGACUCCCACGUUCAGUGUUAUUCACACCUGAUUUUUAAAUUUUUCUUCUAGCUUUAUAGUUUACCGUGAAAGGUGUGGAAGCAAUUCUUAAACUAUGUAGCAUUAUCUUGGCUUAUUAUCAAACACUGUUUCUUCUUUACUGUGGUGAAUAAGAAAAUGUAACUCCUUUUAUAGCUGUCCCAAAGAAAACCUCCUUUUGCCCCUUGCGCUGCCAUUUGUUGAGGUGACUGGAGUGUAUUACAAAUACCAUUUGAUUUUGAAACCAAGAUUGGAUAUAUAAUUGUGAUUGCUUAUGUAAUUUUGGAAAAUGUGCCAUCUCUGCACUCUCAGACAAAGCAGAGAUGGAGGGAAAGUAAAAAAGAAUAUUCAAAUACUGCAGGACACCAUUAUUCUCACAGAUGCUGUUUCUUAGCUUUAACUUGCUUUGA